AUGCUGUCUCGAAUUUCAGUCUUCAGGCCAGCUAGCCGGAGUUUCUCUGUCCUGUCAUCAUUAAUGAUAACAGAACCCACUUUAACAAAGCUUGCCGAAAAACCAGAACAUGCUGUCAAGUCCGAGAACUUAUCCGACGCACAAGCUGCCUUCUUGGAUCGUGUUAUUCGUGUUGACCAAGCCGGUGAGUUGGGUGCAGACUACAUCUACGCUGGCCAGUACUUCGUAUUGGCUCAUAGAUUUCCUCAUUUGAAACCUGUGUUAAAGCACAUGUGGGACCAAGAGGUACAUCAUCAUAACACGUUCAAUAACUUGCAGCUAAAAAGGAGAGUUAGGCCUUCCUUAUUAACGCCAUUUUGGAAAGUAGGAGCCUUUGCAAUGGGGGCUGGUACCGCAUUGAUUUCUCCAGAAGCAGCGAUGGCGUGUACUGAGGCUGUUGAAACGGUCAUUGGAGGCCACUACAACGGCCAGUUGCGAAACCUGGCCAACCAAUUCGAUCUGGAAAGAACCGACGGAACAAAGGGUCCGAGUGAGGAAGUCCAGUCCUUGACUUCUACCAUCCGACAAUUCCGGGACGAUGAAUUAGAGCAUUUGGAUACAGCUAUCAAGCAUAAUUCUUACAUGGCAAUUCCCUAUACAGUUAUCRCUAAGGGUAUAAAAACUAUUUGUAGAGUUGCCAUCUGGAGUGCUGAGAGAAUUUAA